AUAUUCUGAAGAGACCCGUAUUAUUGUGCUUUUCUAGUUACUAUAAAAAAAUGAAAUUUCUCUUACUCUAGUGAUUCCAUAUCGCUCACGGAUACACGUGAAAACCGAAAGCUGGCAUAUUCACAUGUUUCCAAAAAUGAGUUGAAAAAAAUCUGGAACUGCACACCGGCAACAUUGAUUACAAUUACCUGUAUCAUUAUAAAAUCGUCAGCUAUGAAGCUUAUUCACGAUGAAAAUAUUUUCGGAAUAGACAAUGUCCUCAAAAAACAGCUUAAGUCAUGUGUGUGAAAAACGGUUUAGUUUCCUUUUCAAAAAAUGGAUGAAAUACAUUGUCACGAUAUAAUUUCGUGUCCCACUUUGGAUCAAUAGUAACCACAUUCGGAUUGCUAAACGUAUAAAUUUCGACAUUUCAUCGAUGGAAAAUACCGACUACGUCAUAAAAUUAUGUAAAAAUAGUACCAUUGAGAUUGAUGCAUGAUGUUGAAGAUCAACUGUACAUAUAAUAAAAUUCAGACAAAAUUCACUCUUCUUGCAGUGAAAACAUGCAUAAGAGAUGAACAUCAAUAUGAACCAAAACGUAUUAGAACUGGAAACAUCCAGUCAAGUCGUUGGAUCAGACGGAAAAGAAGUUGUUCACUGGUUUGACAAUGGACGUGUUGACGUGAUGGACCAACAUCAACAGAUGCAAUCUACGUAUUAUAAAUUCCAGAACGAAGUGGUCGCCGUUUUAUACACUUUGACGAUUUACGAGGCUGAAGCUGGUAACGUUAACGUAACGCAACGUCAGGGGACUUAUGAUAUGAUGAAUCAGCCUGAACAUGAGUUGAAGCUCCGAUUGCCUGAAUUAGGCACUAGGAAAACUCACGAUCACAUAAUGGACCUCGAACCUGCCAUGGAAACACAAGUACAGGAGACCACGUCGAAGAAAUUACCGAAGUCACGGGGAUCCAAAAAGACAAAACCUGUGAAGGAAACAAAAGAAAUUGUAAAACGUUCAAAACAUCCCGAGAAAUGGAAAGUAAAUGUAAAGAAAAACGCUAGGCUCAGGGGUGAAGAAUAUAUUGGUGUUGGAGGUAAAAUAGUUCCGGCUAAAGUAAUGGGCCCACCGUGUGACUGCCGCAUGCGAUGCAGUGACAAAAUUGACGAGGAAGCUCGAGCGCAGCUGCACAACGUAUUUUGGAAAACUUGUACCUGGGAACAACGAAAGCAAUAUGUAGCACUGUCGGUGAAAGAAUCGCCAAAACAGCGGACCAGAUGUCGUGGUAACGUUAAAUCAGAGCAUCGUAGACAGGUCACAUUUACUUACUCCUUGCUUAUCAAAGGUGAAGUUUUAACGGUUUGUAAACCGAUGUUUCUGAGCACAUUUUCGGUCUCUGAAAAAUUCGUGAGGCAUGCCAUGGAGAAGAAAAGAACGUCACCAGGUGGAAUUAUUGGCCCCGAUCAAAGAGGCAGGCAUACGCCAAAAACGAAGAAAAGCGAAGAAGUUAAAGAACGAGUACGCGAGCACAUCAAUUCUUUUCCUGCUGAAAAACUAAAUUCCAGAGAUCGGAGUAACAGGAGAUACUUGGACUCAAAUUUGAGCAUUGCCGCCAUGCAUAAGUUAUAUCUUCAAAAAUGUAAGGAGGAUGGGAUACCGGAUAGUGAAACGGUCAAGGAAAGUUACUACAGAGAAAUGUUCAAGUCCGAAUUUGAUUUGGGUUUCAAAGUUGCUGUUGAUAAGGGUAAAAAUUCACCAACACACACUGUAUCACGUAUCAGUAAUAAUAAAAAUAAACCAUGAAAUACA